UUCCGAGUUCCCUUCCCUCCCUUUAUAGCGGGGUUACCAAAAUCCCCAACAAUUUCAAGUUUGGGGCCCUAAUUUCGAAGACUAAGGUUUCUGUUUAGCGCAAGAAGCUCAAUAAGAUUUCGCACCGGUCUGCAAUUGUCAAGAAAGCAUUUUGUUGGCCUUUCUUGAGUUCUCGAUCAAGUUUGGCGAUGGGUAUCCAAGGGUUGCUGCCGCUUUUGAAAUCAAUCAUGAAUCCGAUUCACAUUAAGGAGCUGGAGGGGUGUUUUGUUGCUAUCGAUACGUAUUCUUGGCUGCACAAAGGCGCUCUUUCUUGCAGCACCGAUCUCUGCAAAGGCCAACCCACAUCCAAGCACAUUAACUACUGCAUGCACAGAGUGAAUAUGCUCCGUCAUUAUGGUGUCAAACCCAUUCUUGUAUUUGAUGGGGGUCCUCUACCAAUGAAGAGUGAGCAAGAGGUCAAGCGAGCAAGGUCUAGAAGGGAAAACCUUUCCCGUGCUAUGGAACAUGAGUCAAAUGGAAAUCUAACUGCUGCAUAUGACUGCUACCAGAAGGCUGUUGAUAUAUCACCUUCGAUUGCUUAUGACCUUAUUCAGGUCUUAAAGCAUGAAAAUGUCUCUUAUAUUGUUGCACCUUAUGAGGCAGAUGCACAAAUGACGUUUUUGGCUGUCAGCAAACAUGUUGAAGCUGUUAUAACGGAGGAUUCAGAUUUAAUUGCAUUUGGUUGCCCAAGAAUCAUUUACAAAAUGGAUAAAUUUGGGCAAGGUGUUGAGUUUAAGAAUGCCAAGCUACAACACAACAAAGAACUAAAUUUAGAGGGAUUCACCCAAAUGAUGUUGUUGGAGAUGUGCAUUUUAAGUGGGUGCGACUAUUUGCCGUCCCUGCCUGGAAUGGGCCUGAAAAAAGCUCACGCUCUGAUGAAGAAGUUCAAAAAUCAUGAGAAUGUCAUCAAACACUUAAAAUACAGCAGUGUCGAUGUAACUCCUCUCUAUGAAGAAUCAUUCAAGAAAGCAAUUUUGACUUUCAAGCAUCAGCGCGUUUAUGAUCCUGUUAGUGAGGAUAUUGUACAUCUAUCUAAGCCAAUUGGUAUUGCUGAUGAAGAUUUAGACUUCUUAGGUCCAUCGUUGCCCCAGCAUGUGGCUAAAGGCAUUGCUGAAGGAGACAUAGAUCCUUUUACUAAAGAGCCCAUCCAGAUAGAAUCUGGUGCUGCUGAGAAGACACUUCAUGGAACUUACCAGCUCAAGUUUUUCAAGCCUGAUUGUGAACGGAAGAAAAUCGAUUUGCCAGUGCAGAAAAAUAUUCUCACCAACUACUUCUGUUUUGCCUCUCUUGAGGCAAAGAGGGAAUUCAGAGCCCCUCGGAGUGUUCCCAAUGAAAACAAUUCCAGUCCCCACCUAGGUUUACACGAGGAAAAGCAUGGCUCUGAAACUGAUAAUUUGAAGGUUUUUGGGGGACAUAAUCAUGGGCCGCCAUCUAGCAAGAGAGAAGUCACAAGAGACAAAGAAAUGCAACCACUUACAUCACUGCAAAAUUCAGUGUGUAAGCCUUGUAUCUCCUUGCACAAGGAUCUUGACUCAACUCGAGAAAAUGGAAAGGUGACAUCAGGAAAUAAAAAUGUUAUAGUGAGAAGCUCAUAUUUUCUGAAAAAAUCUAGUGAGGAGAAAGGGAAGGAAAAUGAGAGUGAUGCAUACGAGAAUGGUGAUAACAAAUUGGAGACUGUUGCAUCUGAGCAAACAUGCAAAAAGGAGGAGAAGAGAGUCGCUGCACGCAGACCUUAUUUUCGGCAGAGCAUCAAGCAAAAUGCUAAUGUUCAGAUCGGCAAUGUCUUAGAGAAGUAUUCCUUCCAGACCCACAGUUCUGAAUUGUCUGAUGUAGAUGAUUGCGAGUCCAAAAAAACAGCCGAGUACCCAACGCACAGAGUUAGGAGUUCUUUCUUCAAAGAAACUUCUGUAAAUGAGACUAACCUGUCCAAAGACAUGACAAUCAGUGGCAUCUCUGAUGAGUCCCACAAUAGCAGUCUUAAGGGGCUGUCAACCAAUAAUUCAUUAGAAUGCACAGCGAAGAGAAGAAAAUUUUCUCAAACUGAAAGUCCAAGAGAUGCAAAUGAUAACAACUGGAGAUCAGGUUGCAGUUCUGACCUAGAGGAAGAGGAGACAGUUCAAGAUGGAAAGUUUGGCUGUGAUAUUAGUCAUUUGGGGCGUUAUUCUAAUAUAGCGGAGAAAUCUAUGGAAAAGUUUGUGGCGGUGUUAUCAUCGUAUAGAUACAACUCAUCUGGCUCUCGUGCAAGUGGUCUUCGUGCCCCUCUAAAAGAUAUAAAGAACAAGUGCAUGAAAAGGUAAAAAUUAUGUCAAGAAUGCGCCCCCUUUUGUUACAAAGAGAAAGAGCUGCAACUACGCCUCUUCUUUGAACUCGUAUGCCUAUAUAAUGAAUCUCAACCUCAACCUCAACCCACCCUUGACAUGGAUCUGAGGAAACUUGUUUAUGCACCCCCAGAAAGCAUUCCUCCUCGUCAGCAGUCAUGCCAUUAAAACAUCAACAGAAAAGGCCCCAAACAGUGCUCAUUUAGAGAUCCGAAAGCAUGAUCGUUGCUGCUUGCUUCUUGCGGAUUCAUACAAAUGUCAGGAAAUCCAGAAUUCCAUAGAUUUUUUGUUCAUUAAUUAUGAAAUGGUAACCUCAGUUGUAGCCUCGUGAUCAUCCAGAUAUUGUAACUUUAUUUUUUUUUCCAGGAAAGAGAAAAUUACUUUUUCUUAUUCAAA